AUGAACAAGAUUAUUUUCUACGAGGACAGAAACUUCCAGGGUCGGUCCUACGAGACCAGCAAUGACUGCCCUGAGCUCAACUCAUAUCUGAGCCGCUGCAGCUCUUGCCGGGUGGAGAGCGGCUGCUUCAUGGUAUACGAUCGCUCCAAUUUCAUAGGAAACCAGUAUUUUGUGCGUAGAGGCGAGUAUUCUGACUGCAAGCGACUGGGCUUGAGCGACUCCAUUAGAUCCUGCCGUAUCGUCCCUCAGCACAGAGGAGCCUUCAGGAUGAGGAUCUACGAGAGAGAGAACUUUGGUGGUACGAUGCACGAGCUCACGGAUGACUGCGAGUCCAUGACGGAUCGUUACCGUUUGUCUGAGAUGCGGUCCUGUCACGUGAUGGAUGGCCACUGGCUUCUUUAUGAGCAGCCAAACUACAGAGGCAGGAUGAUGUACCUGAGACCUGGAGAGUACAGGAGCUUCAGAGACAUGGGCCUCAACUUCAGAUUCAGCUCCAUGCGCAGAAUCAUGGAACCCUGCAAUUAAUAAUGAUGAAUCAGAAAUGAUUUGGAUGAUGAAUUAAAUGACCUUCAUAAUUACUUACUCUUCAUUUUGUUGUGUUUGUUACAUUCCAAAAGUUCAGUGAAAGGUCUUCAUGAAACAUUAUUUGUUUGGGAACACAGUUUGACCCCGUAAAGAGAGACCAGUAUGUUUAGUGAAGAUCAGGAGUCAAAUCUGAAGUUUCCUGAAGAGAGUUCUCCACACUUCCAAAGGCCGUAGAAAAUGAGUAAGAGGAUCCAGGCUUGAACUAACUUAGGACAUAGACAAACCAAUAAUUAUAUAGGAAUAUGAAAGAUCGGUUCUUCAGGUUCUGAUAGGGACAGAUCAUUUUAGCAAUGUCCAAACAUGAUGUUCAGUUCUUCACGCAAAAUUAUUUAAAAGCACCAUCUGUGACGCACUAUCCCAGCUAAAAGGGAACUUUCUUAGAACUUUGUCUAACGUUCUGGCAAGGUUCUC